AUGGGCCGCAUGGCUCUCCUAAAAACCUCAUCAAUGUUCUCCCUGUUCCGCAAAACCCCGGUGCUCUUACACAAUCUUACUCACGAAAUCCCCAGGAACUAUUUCGUUCCCCUGAUUCCCAUACUCAAUGCUAAGUGUAGUUGUUUCGAUUCUUUUCCCAUAAAAAGAGCAGCCAAUUUUUGCACCAUCUCAGCCUCUCGCCAAGACUUAUCGUCGCCUUCUUCAAGAAGACCAGUACAAGUCCGACACUCCAGGAAAGCUCGCCGUGAAGAUCCAGAAUUCGUGCUACGUUUCAAGCUCAAUGCUUGUUCUGAGCGGGGUGAUUUAGAGGAGGCCCUUCGUAUCUAUGACGAGGCGAGGGCUAAUAAUAUUCAGCUUAAUGUUCAACAUUACAAUUCUUUGCUUUAUUUGUGCACUGCUAGAAAGGAGGGUGAUUGUUCAGAAUCUAAUUUGGAGUUGGAUUUGCAAAAGGGCUUUGAAAUUUUUGAGCAAAUGGGCAGGGAUAAUGUUGCUCCCAACGAGGCUACAUUUACAAGUGCCGCUAGAUUGGCAGCUGCUAAGAAAGACCCUGAUAUGGCUUUCCAGUUGGUGAAGCAAAUGAAAAGUUGUGGGAUUGUUCCAAAACUGAGGUCUUACGGGCCGGCAUUACUUGGAUUUUGUGAGAAAUUGAUGGCGGAUAAGGCCUAUGAAGUUGACGCUCACAUGGUUGAGAAUGGCGUGUUUGCUGAGGAGCCAGAGCUCUCGGCCCUUCUGAAGCUUAGUUCUGAGGCAAAAAUUGUGGAGAAAGUUUACGAGAUGAUGCAUAGGGUUAGAAUGAAUGUUAGACAGGUGUCCGAAGGGACUGCAACCGUUGUGGAGGAUUGGUUUACGUCUGAGGGUGCCUCAGAGGUUGGGUUGGCAAACUGGGAUGUGGAAAAGGUAAAGGAAGGGAUGGUGAAGGGAGGAGGAGGCUGGCACGGGCAAGGAUGGCUGGGAAAAGGGAAAUGGAGAGUGGUUAGGACUGAGAUAAUGGAAAAUGGGGUGUGUAGUUCUUGUGGAGAGAAACUUGUUUCCAUUGAUAUUGAUCCCGAAGAGACUGAGAAUUUUGCAAACUCGGUGGCUAAAUUGGCUUCUGAGAGAGAAGUAAAGGCUGAUUUUAUGAGAUUUCAGAAAUGGCUUGAAGAGCAUGGCCCAUUUGAUGCAGUUGUAGAUGGGGCAAAUUUAGCCCUCACUCAUUACAAGAAUUUCAAUUUAUCUCAGCUGAAACAUAUUGUUAACCGGUUACGCAAAAGGAGUAAGUCAAAUAAGUUGCCUCUUGUUAUAUUGCAUAGGAGCCGUGUCUUUGGUGGUCCUGCUCAAGAUCCUUCUAACAAGAAAUUGUUAGAGAGCUGGAAUAAUGCUGGUGCACUUUAUGCGACUCCUCUUGGUUCAAAUGAUGAUUGGUAUUGGCUAUAUGCCGCUGUUAAAUCCAAGUGUUUGCUGGUGACAAAUGAUGAGAUGAGAGACCAUUUAUUCCAGCUAUUAGGGACGAGUUUUUUCCCUAGAUGGAAAGAAAAGCAUCAGGUCCGGACAGCUCUUGGAACAGAUGGGAAGUUCACCUUGCGGAUGCCACCAAAGUAUUCUAUAGUUAUUCAGGAGUCUGAACAAGGUAGUUGGCAUGUACCAAUUGUUACUGGAGAUGACCUUGAAACCCCAAGGAAAUGGAUCUGUGCCACCAGGUCCAUGGUCGUGAACCCUGAUGGAACUGGCAACUACACUACCAUUAACGCCGCCAUUGCAGCCGCACCCAAUAACACAAAAACAGGUCAAGGAUACCACAUGAUACGGGUAGUUGCGGAGGUUUAUCAAGAAUAUGUCACCAUUGCAAGCAACAAGAAGUAUCUGAUGAUGGUUGGUGAUGGAAUUAACCAAACCAUUAUCACUGGAAACCACAGCGUCGAUGAUGGAUGGACAACCUACGAUGGACAAUCUUCUUUUUCCCCCUUGUUUUUGACAGCUGCGGAUGGACCGAGUUUCAUAGGAGUUAAUUUCACUAUUCGGAACACAGCAGGAGCAGCAAAACACCAAGCUGGCACUGUAGAUUACAUUUUCGGGAAUGCAGCUGUGGUUUUCCAACAAUGUAAUAUAUACUCGAGGCUUCCCUUGAAAGGCCAAUUCAACACCAUUACCGCUCAUGGAAAAUCAGACAUAAACCAAAACACUGGCACAUCAAUUCACAAUUGCAACAUCAAGGCUGCUGAUGACUUGGCUACUAGUAACACUACAACGAAAACAUAUUUGGGACGGCCUUGGAAAACGUAUUCCACAACGAUUGUUAUGGAAUCUUUCAUGGAUACCUUGAUCAAUCCAGCAGGUUGGUCUAUCUGGUCUGUUAAUCAGUCAUUGGAUACGUUGUACCAUGCCGAGUAUAAUAACACGGGUCCCGGAUCGAAUAACUCGAAUAGGGUCACUUGGACAGGCUAUCAUAUCUUAAUUAAUGGAUCUGAUGUUCAAAAUGUCACAGUUUCCAAUUUCCUAGCUGGUGAUUUUUGGCUGCCUUCCACUGGAUUUCGGGACAAAGAGGCUUCUUCUUCUUCAUCAUCAGUUUCAUCAGAUGAACUUUGUGACUUAACUCCUUUUCCAGAUUUCUGUCGUUCUCAAGAACCUGUAAACACAUCUACCAACAUCCACGAUUUCGGGAGGUUGUCCUUUCAGAAAUGCCUGACAACCUCGACAUCCUUACUUUACUCGAUCAACGUUUUGGAAAAUUCAGUAAACUCGUCGUCAUCAUCAUCCCGAACCUUAACUUUUGCACUUCAAGAUUGCCAACAUCUUCUUAGUAACAACAUUGAAAUGUUGUCAAAUGUCGCGCAAACUCUUCAAAACAAAGAUACCCUUCAGAGUUCGGAAAUUGAGGAUGUCGAAACAUGGCUCAGUGCCAUCAUAACCAACAAGGUGACCUGUUUAGACGGCCUCGUCUUUGCAGAUUCAUCUUCUCCUCCUUCUUCCAUUGUAAAAAACCUUUCACCGUCACUCGUUAAUGGAACCAAGCUUUUGAAAUCCAAUUCCAGAAAGCUGUCGCAAAUAAGUAAUGGUGUCAGUAAGGUUGCCAACACGGUGGUCGUGAACCCUGAUGGAAGUGGAGAUUACCAAACCAUUAGCGCCGCCAUUGCAGCAGCGCCGAGUAACACAAAAGCUGGACGAGGAUACUACCAGAUUCGCGUAGUCGCCGGGGUUUAUCAGGAAUACAUCACCAUUGAUAGCAAAAAGACGUAUUUGAUGAUGGUUGGUGAUGGAAUUAACAAAACCAUUAUCACUGGUAGUCAUAGCGUUGGUGAUGGAUGGUCAUCCUACGGUUCUGCCACCUUUGCUGUGGAAGGACAUGGUUUUGUAGGACGUGAUUUCACGAUUCGAAACACAGCAGGAGCAGCAAAAGGACCAGCUGUGGCACUUCGAAAUGCAGCAGAUAAAUCGACAUUUUAUAAAUGCAGUUUCGAAGGUUAUCAGGACACUCUAUUGGCUGAUGUAACGAGGCAAUUUUUCAGGGAAUGUGACAUUUACGGUACCGCAGAUUACAUAUUUGGAAAUGCGGCCGUAGUUUUCCAAGGAUGUAAUAUAUACUCGAGACGUCCACUUCCAGGCCAAUUCAACGCCAUUACAGCUCAAGGAAAAUCAGGAAGAGAUCAACUCAGCGGCAUAUCCUUGCACAAUUGCAACAUCAAGGCCGCGGAGGACUUGGGGUCGACAGAAACAUAUCUAGGACGGCCCUGGAAAGAGUUUGCCAGGACGGUCGUCAUGGAAUCGUUCAUUGACGGGUUGAUCAAUCCCGCGGGUUGGAGAGAAAUGAGAGACGUGACGGGCUUUUCAUCAUCAUUGGUGGAUAAGAAGAGAACUGAGACAAUGAAGAACCACCCACAAAGAUGGAGCGGCAAAGGCGUCGAGAUCUGUUGUUACGAACCAGCCAGAAUGGGGAAAUCAACGGUGGCGGAAUCAGCCGUCGAGGCGUUGGCGGUUAGGUUAUCGUCAGCGGAGGAAGCUGCCGCGGACUUCGCCGCCGUCAAAUCAACCGUGGAGGCAGCAGCCGUCAAACCUUCCCGCAAGGCCGCCGCCAAGAAACCAGCCGCGGCGCCGAAACCCAAACCAGGGAUGGACGGUUUUGGCAUCACCUGGGCUCCUAAUGAUGCACCUAUUUCACCUUGUAAAGAAGAUGAUCAAGUCAAAAUCAAUAGGAUGAUUGAGGAAUGCAUUGAACUUUACAACUACAAACAUGAUCAGAAAUAUAUGGAUGAUGGGAUGGAGGUUGAGAACAUGGUUUUUUGCCCUGAAUCUUCUAAUAGUACUGUGUAUUAUCUUACCUUCAAAGCACCUGUAUUUGUUGAUUCCAGCAGAAAGGAAACCUUUCUAGCUCAGUACUCUGUUGUUGUCCUUGGUCAUGAGGAUAUUCCUCCAUUUGCUUGUCGUGGUGUUGAUGAUGUUGAUGAUGACAAUGACAAUGACGACGGCGAUGAUGAUUAUUAUCUUGUGAAGGAUGGAUGA